AUGUCAACAACGCAAGCGGCGCUCUUUCUGUUUCAUCAUCACUGGCGGGUGCCGGUAACACUCGCCAUCAAUACAACCGUACCCAACGGUGCUCCUAGUGCGACGGAGAGCGUAAGUUGCACCGAGCACCGGUCACCUGGUGAGCAGGCUGCGGCUCGUGCAGCAGCCACCCCGGACGGGAUCGACGCAGUGGUGGCCGACUUUGUCUUCGCACAAGGCGGUCGACGGCUUCUGCUCGUGCGCGGCGAUAGCCCAGCUGAUCUGCGGCUCUGCCUCAGCGAAGGCAGCUCCAACGGACCUCUCUCCGGGGCUCUCGGUACUGUGAUCGCAGAGGAGGCAUCGCCGUUGCCGCAGGCGCAUCGCAUCCUCCGCACCGGUGCCGAGCUAGUCCACCACGUCAGCACCCUGAGGGAUCAGCAACAAGAAGAGCACAAGACAUCUGAUGACAGCACACGUGCCAGCGAGCUAGAGCUGUGCGUGGCAGGCUACCCACAGGGGCAUCCGUUGGACCGCACGUGGGCCGCCACAUCAGCUGCCUAUUCUUCUCCGGGAGACGUAGCCGCAACAGGUUCGAUGGUAACGGGGGACAGCAGCGUCGCCGCAGUGCGGCAGCGCAGCCUUGAGUUCCUGCGUGCGUUCGAGAAAGACUUCGAUGCCGCAGAGCACGCGUUCACGGCAGCGGUGCGCGUUGCAAAAACCCGGGCGUGUGUGGUACCGGCCGAGAAGAGGUCCAGCGAUACCAGUGUCAAUGAUGGUGCUCCAUCCGCGGCCUCCGACGAGCCCAGUGCGCGUGCGCGGCACCUUUCCACGCCGCCGGUUGUCAUGCCCGAGCUAAAGGAGCUGUGCCGCACCCUGGGACGACUCGGUGCGGUGCGGCGACUAUGGACGUCCUCCUCCAGCUACGAGCCCCAUGUGCGAGCCGCCUGUAUACAUCGAAUGCUCCGCGAGAAGGUGCUGCUGAGGUCACCUGGCGAGCUCCAGCAUCGUUGCAUUCGGCGAGGCAGCUUGCACAAUGGCGCCGCAGCCCCCGUGAUUGUGACGCAGAUGAUCACAACAGCGAAGGAGUUUACGGACUUCGUGGCAGAAAUACAGCGUGGGCUGGGUGUUUGGGCCGCCACUGCAGCGUGUGGAGAGCAGCCGGAGCCGGCUGGUGACGAUCCCCAACAGCAGCACCCCCUACACGCAGCCGCACCGACCGUACUCUCACCCAUCUCCGUCAUCCCUGGUGUGCUGCUGCCACAUCUUACCGAUGUGCACGUACUGCUGCGGUCGCUGUACUACACCAAAGUGAUUCCCAGCGCGCGCAUGCAGAAAGCCCUGGAGGUGUACGCGAGCGAGCUCAUGAGCGCAUGGCGGCAGCUCGCCGACGAGCACCCUCGGAGGAAAAGGGAGCCGGCGCUGCAGGACGACACCUUCUUGCAAGCACUGACGGAGAGCGACGUCUCUGCGGCGACACUAGAGGUCAGCGAGGAUUGCGUUGCCCAAGUUGAAGCGCGCGUACGUGAGGUACGGCGUUGCGCGUCUUGCCGCCUCACGUCUUUGUGGCUGUCGGAGACAGUGGAUCUCCUCCACGACCUUCAGCGACAUGGGCAGGCGCGGGUGCACCUCUUCACAAUGUUCAACGACAAGGUGGAUGUGCGAGUGGCGCAGCUGCUGGCGGCCUACGAUGCACAGCGUCGUGCGUCCACGGAGCAGUGA